UGUUUUUGCUGUGAGGCAGUUCAAAAAAUGAAAACGAAACUACGGUACCAGGAAAAUUGUGUUAGCACCACCACAGCUCGGUCCAUAUUGACUUUCUGAGAUCACUUCAGUGCUGAAGAAUAGACUAGGAAUAGGUCAAUCAGUGCUGCUGUUCUCUACAUCAUUCUAUAGCAGCUGUAUUGAGAAACCACAGGAGACAUGUUCCAACUUAAUGCUCCUGAUCACAAUGAUGUAAAAAUCCUCUGGAUUUAGUAUGGGAACAUGGCUUCAGCGACUCUCCUGUUCUUUGUGUUGAUAUUGUCAUCUGUACGUGUUGGAAAGUCUGCUGAGAGUCUAUUUAAACUGAACUGCCAGCCUGCAGUAGGAGUCAUCGGUCAGACCACUAACAUCUCCUGCAGUAUCGAGUCCCUCACUGAUUCUAAGUUUAUCAGCAUUAACACAGUGGUUUUAACUAGGAGUGGAGAGGAUGAACCCUGUUUCACUUUUCAACCAUAUGUGAACAAAGUGACAGGAGACUCUCGAUUUAAAGUUGAAAACGGGCCAUUGUUACAGCUUCAUAAAACCGCAAUCACAGAUGAAGGUGGAUAUUGGUAUUUCAUCAGGACCAACCUGGGUAAUGAGCAAGUAAAAUUCACCAUCAAUGUCACAGCCCAGUACCGCAAACCGAUUAUGAACUCCGUGCCAGAAGAUGUAGUGAAUGGUGAACAUGCUGAUCUGUACUGUAGCACUAGCGGUGGAUAUCCAGCAGGAACCAUCCACUGGUUUGAUCAAAGCAACACAAACUGGACAAAAAGCGCCACACUUCAAAGCACGCAGGGAAAUGACGGUCUCUUCACUCUGACCAGCAAACUGAGCUUCCAGACGUUCGACACACUCUGGGCACCUUUCAGGUGCGUCGUCCUCAACAACAAAUAUGAAGACAGAGGAGGGAGCAUGUCAACUCUGGAGAUAAAGGAUACCCCAGUGAAUUCCCCAGCUGGUGACAGCACGGUGAGAAACGGCAUUGCUGGUGUGAUAGUUAUCGGGUCUCUCGUUGUGGGGCUUCUGGUUGCUCUCUUGUUCAAGCGAAGAUGCGCUCGGCCACUAUCUUUCCACAUUUCAGAACCCACAUAUGCAGAAGAGGGAGAAGCCCUGAAUGAACCUGUUUAUAAGAAAGCAGCUGAUGCUGAAGAGAAGAUCGCAGUGUAAUGUCUGAUUAUUAAUUACUCUGUAAAUAUUUAAUCACAUGAUGGUAAUUUAACAGACACAGCCAUCAGGACAUUCUACAAAAUGGAUUCUUUCUCCAUUACUGACUGAACGAACGAGUUUGUGUUCAGUCCCGUGUGACACUGGGUGUGAUUUUAAAUGAGGUAAGAUAAAAGGCCAGGCAUUUAGGGGAAAGUUCCUGAUUGUGUAAAAUACCAGGCUGGCGGGACAUUUAAAAAAAAGAAAUCAGCCAGUCUGACAAAAGAAAAGUGAAAGAUAACUGUAUCUUUAAUGGAGUUAUAUGUGUAUAAUUUGUCGUUCACUCUAUUUUUAUUUUCACAAAAUUAUCUGUCAGAAUUAUCUAGCAUGUCUGAGUGUGCUGAAUUCGCCAAUAACAAAUCUUUUUAUAUAACAAUAACAAUCUAGUUUCUGGGAUCUGUCAGCUAGUUAAUUCUACUCACAUUUUUUUUAUUAUUCUCUUGGGUAAAUAAUAAGCCAGGAUGUUAAGAGCUCGUAUCCGUGUCUCACAGCUCCAAAGGUGGUGGUCCAGUCCUGAUCCUGAGUGGAUCAGGACAUUGUACAAAAUGGAUUCUUUCUCUAUUACUGACUCAUGAAUGAGUUUGUGUUCAGUGCCAUGUGACCCUGAGUGUGAUUUUAAAUGUGUAACUAAAGGGCCAGGCUGUGGGGACUAUGGAAAGUCCUUAAAUGUCAUGAUAAGUUAGGAUGUUAAGAGCAUGUAUCUGUGUCUCACAGUCUGAAGUUCCAUCCUGAUCCUGAGCGCUGUUCUGCUACACAAGUGCUGAUUUUUAUUUAGGAAUUUUUGAUUAUUGACUUUCCCGACAUGCACUUUACAUCUCUGAAGUUGACAUGGGUUUAUUUUUAGUGCAGGAAUUUUUAAAAUUAUAUUUAAAAACACAAUAAAUCACUAAUAAUAAGUAAUAAACUUGUUUUACAGAAGCUUUACAACAUUAUUUGUAAUGAUAACAAGAUGGAAAACAUAUGACGUUCUUUAACAAAUACAAAAUUAUAAUCAUCAAAUUGCUGUGUUAUAAGAGGAAGAAAAGACAUCGUCAUUGAUUAAAUUCCUUUAAUAGCACUUCCCACAUUGUUUUAUUUAGAUUUAGGGUGAGGUAGACUUCCAUUACUUGUUCUCUACAUUAGCUGUACAAUGCUAAAACAAUGAACUUCAGAAAACAAAUAUCUUUGGGUAUUUAGAUGAACAGAUUUAUUUUUUCACUUAAGUGUCCUUUAAAAUUGUCUGUCCCCGACUCUCAGGAUCAGUGAUGUGCCUUUACUUUUAUAGGUUUAUCACACACUAAUCCCUAAUCUCAAACACCAAAAUGUUCCACAGGCGAAAGCCAAAGUUUAAUACCUAACCCAAAACUCAGUGCAGAGACAAAGGCAUCGAGAUCAUACAGAACCGAGUAGACCCGUGAAUCAGAAUACUACAAAAUAACGAGAGCUGUAAUUGGUGAAUAAAGUGCUUCAGGUGUGUCAUUAAUGUAGUUAGGCCAGUGGUUUUCAAAGUGGGCCUCAACAAUUUGGUGUGAAAAAUAAAUUCUCACUCUCAGACAACCACACACACACAAUCACAAUCAAUUCCUUAUGUAAUAGAAAUAUGUAAUUAUUAAUAAACAAAGGGAUAUAUAUUCAGAA